AGGACCUGUCUUUAUCUAUGGUCUAUGGUUUAGGACGGGAGGACGAUGGUAGCUAUGUUGUUGUUGUAUCUUGUUUAACAUUUUCUCCCAAAUUAAAAUGAUUCCAAAGGAUAUUCAGUUAAUGAUUGACAAAAUAUGUCGAUCUUGCAUGUGCGAGAGUGGCGAUAUGCGGAACGUAUUCGAAAAGUGUUUGGAACUAGCCGAAGAUGGUUUACUUAUCUGCGAUAUGCUCAUGGCUUGCAGUGAAGUCGAGGUGUCAACUGGCGAUGGUUUGCCUUAUCUUCUCUGCUCGCCAUGUGAAUUAAAGCUACGGUCAGCUUAUGAGUUUAAGCAGCAAUGUGAAAAAUCAGACAUUGCGUUGAGGAAACUGAAGAAUGGAAAAGAUGCCCAACGUAAUCAUGAAGAGGACAUCGUUAUUCAGCCUGAUGUUCAUGAGGAAUUGUUCAACGAGGAGGAAGAGGAUGAGGAUGAUUUGCCAUUAUCGAAAAGAACUCAUGGGGUUCCUUCCCACAGUGACUUGACCUGCAGUUACUGUAUGAAAAUCUUUACAUCUAAGAGAAGCCUAGCAGUCCAUGUACGUCAACACAUAGGCGAUGGUGUGAGGUAUUGCCCAGUUUGUCCUUCAAAGUACACUCGCACCAACCAUCUGAUGAGACACAUGAAAUCCCAUGAUAAGCCUGGACGGAAACAUUCGUGCAAAAUUUGUGGUGAUCGAUUUUCUCAAACGUGCAGUCUUUACAGGCACAUCAAAGUGCACAUAGACGAGGCUGAAAAAAGGUCCAAAGAAGAUGCUGAACAAGACGCGCUAAUUGAUGUCAAAAAAGAAAAAACUGAGGCAUUCGUGAAGGCGGAAAGCGAAAAAGAGAAUGAUGUAGCUGCUGUGCAGACUGAUAACCAAAAAGCUGAAGAAAACAAGGAUCAGGCGGAGAAUACCAAAAGUGAAUUGAACGAUGAGAAACUGAAUUUUAAUGAGGUUCUCAGUCCAAACGACGUUCAUGGUGAUGAUUCAAUGGACAUUCCUCUUAGCCAAUUCCCGUUUAGCGAUGAUGAUGUAAACGACGACGACGAUAAUGAUGAGGAUUAUAAUGGAGAAGAUGCAUUAGCAAAAGAAGAUGCCAAAGAUGAAGAUUUUGUCGUGAAGGAGGUCAAGGAAAAGAGACCCCGAGGAAGGCCCCCUUCGAAGAAAGAUCAUACUUUAUAUGAAUGCAAAGAAUGCAAUAAAAUCCUUACCACUUACAGCGGUCUGAAGGUACAUCUCAGACGACACACUGGCUCAGAUUUGUCAAAGUGCAAGGUAAGAGAAAAGCAUUGUGAUAAGUCCUUCACUAAGAAAAGUCAUCUUAAUAGACAUUUACACUCCCAUGGCAUUGUUAGUGGGAAGAGUAAAAUAAAAGGAGACAAAAAGAUUAGAGAGUGCGAAUUCUGUGAUCGUAAAUUUAAAUACAAAAAGAGUUUUGUUCAUCAUAUGCAGGUAGAGCAUGGCAUGUCGGACGUUGAAAGUGAUACUGGGGAAAAGACUGAACAAAUAGAAAUUUUAACCAACAGUAACGAGAGUAAGAAUAAUGGAGAAAAUGGAGAUAUGUCCAUGGAAAAUAACCCGGAAAAUAGUGAGCUGGAUGAUAUAAUGGAGAAAAUCGAAAACGAAGAUAUGGAAUUAGGCGGCGACGAUGAGUUAAAUUUGAAACGUAAAAUGAAAGUUCACACUUGCCAUGUUUGCAAUGCAGGAUUUGCUCGAGUGAAUCAUCUAUCUAGGCAUAUGACUUUACAUAGAGCUGUCUUGACUCACAAAUGCGACCGAUGUGAGCAGGCAUUCUAUACUGAGGAUCUUCUGAAACAGCACAUUGAACAACAGCACAUUAAUAAACCCUACGUUUGCACUACUUGCAAUAAACCGUUCAGUAGAGGUGAGCACUUAAUAAGGCAUUUAAAGCUGCAUCAGGAGGUCACAAACGAGGGCCAGCAUAAAUGUUCGAUUUGCGAAUCUGUAUUUUCGAGAUCUGAUCAUUUAGCCAGGCACACAAAAACACAUUUGAUGCAGGAUAAGCGACAUGUGUGUAUUGACUGUGGAAAAGCAUUUAAUCGACUAGAUAAUCUAAAGACGCAUCAAAGAACACAUACAGGAUUGAAGGAUAAUUCCAAGCUGCAUUUAUGUGUCUAUUGCGGCAAAGAGUUCAAUAACUCCAGUAACAUGAUAGUACAUAUGCGACGGCACACUGGGGAACGCCCAUAUAAAUGCAACGAAUGCGGAAAAGGAUUCCCGCGAUCUCAUGAUUUGAAAUGCCACGAACGAACGCACUCUGGAGAGAAGCCCUAUUUGUGUACUCUUUGCGGAAAAUCGUUCAACAAAAGCAACAAAUUGCUGAGGCAUAGUCGAGUGCAUACAGGCGAGAGGCCAUACGUUUGUAAUAUUUGUUCACGUGCUUUUACCCAAUCAAACGAUCUGGCUUUGCAUAUGAGACGACACACUGGUGCUCGGCCAUAUGCAUGUGGAGUGUGUCCGGCGCGAUUUAUUCAAUCAGGCCAACUGAAGAAUCAUCGAAGACAAAGUGGCCAUUGGAUGGAAACACAACCAGAUUUGAAAGGAGGACACAGAGUGGAACCAGUAACAUCAUCAGUAGAACCAAUGCCAAUAAAAUUCAAAACAUUUGGCAAAAAUCGAAUGGUAAAAUUGGAAGAACCGCAAGCUGAGCCCAGUGAAAAUCAGCAGCAACCCCAGGUGCAUCAACAACUUCAAAGACUAGAGCAACAGCCCCAGUUAGCGCAACUGCAGCAACCGCAAAGAAUUUUGAUGGGUAUUAUGGGAAAUAUAAAACUGCAGGCUGAUGGGCAGCCACUGAUAAUUGACAGUAAUAAGAUUGUCGAGUUACCCGGUGGACAGUUGGGUUUAGUUACACUUCCUACGGUAAUUCAAGGUGAAAACGGUGAAGAGAUCAAAUUAAAGACAGAAAUAGGUAGUUAUAAUAUGAACCAAGUGGAGGAUGAUAUGGAUAAACACGAAGUUGUCAGUGCCUCUAAUGCCUUCCAUGAAGGCGAAACAAUCUCGUUUUCUACAGUACAAACUGCAACGACGUAUACCUCAGCAGAAAACUUUACCUUCCAAACAUUUAAUUGAUUGCUAACUUAGAAUUAGUUCUAUGGGACUUCUUAUCGUCGCAUACAAUAGCUAUGUGUUACUCACAUAAUCAGGUAUUUUAUGCGAACCUCUAUAAAUGUUGUGAUGAGAGCGAUCGAUCAUGCAUCAUUGUAGUAGAUAUAAUCGAGCUCAGAGAAAGGUCCCAACUUUUUUGCUAUUUUAACAUUUAUGUACCUUCCAUUACUUGGCUUCAUUAAUAUCACAGUGAGCAUCACAUCCAUUAAGAGAACCGCGUAAAUGUUUACUGUUUUCCAUUGGGUCGGUUUGUAAUCAAAUUUUACUUUUUUCGUAUAAAUAAUGUAAAUAUUGAUCGGAAUAAAGUUGUUAAGGACAUAACUUCAAGCGCCAUUGGUUAUGUAAGAUAGUUGUAGUGUCUACACCGAAUUAUUCUGAUUUUUAGGAAAAUGUACGGUUUUGAAUCUUUACCU